AUCUCGAAGCCAGCCGCAGGGAUGAGGGGUGAUCAGGUUCACUAACUAGUUAGUUAACUACGGAGUAGAUAUUAGCUAAUCCGCUGUUAUCCAACCCGCACUGCAACGUUGACACCGCUGCCCCGCACGCCGGAAUAGAGUCGACGGAUGGAGAGAGAAACAGAAAGAGAAAACGAAAUAAAAGCGUUGAAUGGAUGAAGAUGGCGACUCCUGCGAAUCCACUCCGUGACCCAAAUACCCUCUCCAAUUAUAACAAGUUCCGCACUGUCCAUACCAGUGUCAACUUCGAGAUCCGCUUUGACCAGAAGAGGCUCGUUGGCAAUGUGAUCCAUCGCUUAAAGUCCUUGACCAAUGCCGAAUCAAAGGAAGUCAUUCUGGAUUCCAGCUACCUGGAAGUCAAGAGUGUCAAGGUCAACGGGGAGGCGGCAGAGUGGCAGCUCUUGCCGCGUUUUGAACCCUACGGCAGCCCGCUGAAGAUCAGCUUGGAGCAGGCAAUUCCCCUUGACGAGUUAAUUGAGGUCGAUAUAUCAGUCAACACGACCGAGAAAUGCACGGCUCUGCAGUGGUUAAAUCCGGAGCAAACCUCCAAUGGAAAGCACCCGUAUAUGUUCUCGCAGUGCCAGGCAAUCCAUGCUCGCGCCAUCUUUCCAUGCCAGGACACCCCCGACGUCAAGGCCACCUUCGACUUCAAUCUCUCUUCACCACUUCCUGUUAUUGCGAGCGGCGUGCCCGUCAAACAAGACGCGUCCCCUCCGCAGUCAUCGGGUAGCAUCUAUUAUCGUUUCGAGCAGAAGGUUCCAAUCCCGUCAUACCUCUUUGCCAUCGCCAGCGGUGACAUCGCGCAAGCUCAGAUUGGCCCGAGGAGCCAUGUUGCCGUGAGCCCAGACAGGCUUGACGAAUGUAAGUGGGAGCUUGAGGGCGAUACCGAGAGGUUUCUGCAGACCAUAGGUAAUAUUAUCUUCCCGUAUGUAUGGGGAGAGUAUAACGUCCUUAUCCUACCUCCGAGUUUCCCGUAUGGAGGGAUGGAGAACCCUGUCUAUACCUUCGCUACUCCAAGUAUUAUCUCGAAGGAUCGGCAAAAUGUCGACGUCAUUGCGCAUGAGAUUUCUCACAGCUGGAGUGGCAAUCUGGUGACAAACUGCUCGUGGGAGCAUUUCUGGCUUAAUGAAGGCUGGACCACCUACCUGGAACGGCGGAUUCAAGCAGCAAUUCACGGCGAACCAUAUCGACAUUUUUCUGCAAUCAUUGGUUGGAAGCACCUCGUUGAUUCAGUCGAGCGGCAUGGCGACACCCACGAGUUUACCAAGCUCGUUGUCGAUUUGAAGGGGAAAGACCCCGACGAUGCGUUCUCAUCAGUGCCAUAUGAAAAGGGAUUUACUUUCAUAUUCCACCUUGAGAACUUGAUUGGCAAGGAUAAGUUUGAUAAGUUCAUCCCUCAUUACUUUACCCGGUUUAGGGGCAAGUCCUUGGACUCGUAUGAGUUCAAGUCGUGCAUACUUGAUUUUUUCGCAUCUGAUGAGGAGUCUCAUGUACUUCUUAACAAGCUUGACUGGGAUAGCUGGUUCUACAAACCUGGCCUUCCUCCGAAACCCAGUUUUGACACAUCCUUAGUGGACGUUGUCUACGAGUUAGCAAACAAAUGGAAAUACAUUUCCCAAUCGUCCUUCUCGCCAAAAGCAUCCGACAUGGACGGUUUAGUGGCAAAUCAAAUUGUUGUGUUCCUUGAGCAAGUUCUUCUCUUUGACAACCCACUUACUCCCGAACAGUCAAGGUUCAUGGGACAAGUUUACAAUUUUGCCCAAAGUCAGAAUAUUGAAGUGUCGUACCUGUACCUGCAAGUGGGCUUGAAGGCUGGGGAUGAUUCCAUUGUGGAACCGACAAUCAAGCUGCUCGGAGAGAUUGGGAGAAUGAAAUUUGUCCGCCCUCUGUACCGGACGCUGGAGAAAUUUAACAGGGAUAUUGCUGUUGAUACAUUUGAAAAGCACAAGAACUUCUACCACCCCAUCUGCCGGGGAUUGCUUGAAAAAGAUCUUUUUGGAGAUAAAGGCGCAUAGACAUGCUGAAUGCUGGGUAUGGGAUAUCCACACAGAUUCUGCCUACUGCUACCCCAGCCACCCAAUGCUUGCUCCUAGAGACCAUGGCCUUUAUAGACAAAUGAACUUGCUUUUGUUAAGAGAGAAGGCUGUACCAGUAGCCUGAGGAACUUUACUUGUGGCCCAUUCUUACUUUUAAUUGUCUAUGCGCCUCAUCAUGGUGUUGAUGAUGGGGUACAUGGUGGUGGCUUUGCUGCUGUUGGCAUGAAUUACUGUGACAGAUUAUGCUUUCACAGGUGUACAUGCAGUGUGCACAUCAAAUGACUAAGUAACCCAAUUGCUCUCUCUCCUGCAGCUUGUUCAAGGCGAUUAAGUGGUCCUGACAGGUAUAUCUUGAGACACUCUAUCAGAAAUCUCCCCAGGUGCAGCCCUUCAGCCUCAGAACAAGAUAUGGUAAUUCCAGCAAUUCAUGUAAUAGACCAUUGUGUGAUGAACAAACGUAUCACAGGAUUUUUGGACACAAUCUACUGCAAAGGUCACAGUUCCCUGGGGUGUUAGGGGUGAUAUUUCCCGAGGUGACGGCGCACUUAUCUCGUCUUCCGCCGGUGACAGCCCUAUCAAAAAUCCAACUUAUGGAGUCUGGCUGAGAGAGUGCCUAUGAGUUCCCUUCGGCAAGGUGAUCCCAGUCCGUCUCUACGAUUGCACUGCAAUGGGUAACGAGAUUGGGCCGGAGACAGAGUGCUGGCUCAGUUCAGGUCAGCUGUAGCUGCUAUGAGGGGGGAGAAAGAACAGACGACACCGCAGCUGAGCUUGACAUUUAAGAUACAAGGGUCUCUCAGCAA